CGGCGCCUCCGUCUCCGCCUCCGCCCGCCUGUGCGCGGCCCUGCGUGAGGGGGCAGAGGCGGGGUGGAGGCGUUGGCGCUGCCACGUCUGGGCCGCGGUUCCCGACUGUCGCGCGGGCGGUGGAGGAGGAGGUGGGGCUGGCGCUGAAGCCGGAUCCGGAUCCGGUGCUGUGCACCCUGGUGGGGGAGAGUCCGACGCGCCUGGCAAGGAGCGCCGACCGCGGGGCCUCUACGGUCCCUGUAACCAGCACAGUGCCUGAUUCAUGAAUUAAAAUAAAGACCUUACUAGAAAGAUGAAACCUGAUGAAACUCCUAUGUUUGACCCAAGUCUACUCAAAGAAGUGGACUGGAGUCAGAAUACAGCUACGUUUUCUCCAGCCAUUUCCCCAACACAUCCUGGAGAAGGCUUGGUUUUGAGGCCUCUUUGUACCGCUGACUUAAAUAGAGGUUUUUUUAAGGUAUUGGGUCAGCUAACAGAGACUGGAGUUGUCAGCCCUGAACAAUUUAUGAAAUCUUUUGAGCAUAUGAAGAAAUCUGGGGAUUAUUAUGUUACAGUUGUAGAAGAUGUGACUCUAGGACAGAUUGUUGCUACAGCAACUCUGAUUAUAGAACAUAAAUUCAUCCAUUCCUGUGCUAAGAGAGGAAGAGUAGAAGAUGUUGUUGUUAGUGAUGAAUGCAGAGGAAAGCAGCUUGGCAAAUUGUUAUUAUCAACCCUUACUUUGCUAAGCAAGAAACUGAACUGUUACAAGAUUACCCUUGAAUGUCUACCACAAAAUGUUGGUUUCUAUAAAAAGUUUGGAUAUACUGUAUCUGAAGAAAACUACAUGUGUCGGAGGUUUCUAAAGUAAAAAUCUUUUAAGAAAAUUGUCAAAGGGGCUAAUGCUACAAUGGUACACUCUUCCUAGAGUUGAAAUAUUUUGUUGCUGCAGCCGAGUGACCUCCAUAAAUACUGGACUGAAAAAACAUUGUAAUACUACAAGUAUAAUGACAUUUAGAAGAUUACUUUGGGCUGGUGGGACAUGCUGUGAAUUUAGAUUACAGAUGAAUAUUAUAAAGGGGAUGAUUUUUAACCAAAGGAAUAUAUUUUUAACUUGAAUCUUUUCUUGCAUUGUAUUUUUCUAAAAGUUUGGCUUCAUUUCUUGAGUAUGGGUAAUAAGGAGUUAUAUGUCUGCUAUCUGUGUUGCUCAGUUAAAAAAGUAUUCAUUGAAUAAGGCUGUUUCUUAUCACAUGCAUAAAAUUAAAUAUUUUUGUUUCAAAGAAACAUCUCAAUACACUUAGGGGUGUAUUGUUUCCCACAUACUAAGUCAGGGUGAAUAAAUUAGUUAUUAUAACUAAACAUAGUCUAGUCCAACAUUCAUCUCAAUACAGGCAAACAACCUGAUCAGCCUUUUAAAGAAGUAGAAGAAAUGAAAAUUAUUUGACAAGAUUAAAACAAUUUAUAUAUUAUACUAAAAGUUUAUAUAGUAUAGUCUAUGUAGAUUAAAAAGUACCACUUGUCUUUUCUGUGAAUUAUAACUAUUCAUUUGUUAAAAACGCCUAAAAGCAAUUAUAGUGGGACAUCUAAGGUCCUUUUUAAACAGUGAAUUAGUAAACCUCAGCAUAUGUGUUUCUACCCUGAUUUAUUUUUUCAUGGGUAUCUGAAGCCUCUAAGUUUUUUCAAAAAUGGAGUAUCACAAAAUUGAGUGAAACACAAUACUUAAAAAUGUAUUGUACUAGAUUUGCCAAAUUCAUAAAAUGUUGAUGGAAGCUUUACUUUUUACUGUGAUUAUAAUGGCACUAUUCUGGUCAUUAUCCUGUUUUAUUUAUUUAAAUUUUUUAAAGUUGAAGAAUUAAAUACUUUAAUGGUUCUAAUCUUUUGCAUUCCAUGUUACAUUAAACCUGUUCAUAUGAGUAGUCUUCUGUUAGAAUCACAUCUGUGCUUUUCUUGAGUCUGCUAUUGAACUAUUAGAUUACAUCAUAAUUCAUAAAAUUUUAGUUUUAUGUGCUCUUUGUAAAACGAACUUGCAAAGAAAAUACCAGUGUUUCUCACCCCAUUGACUCACGCCACGCCAUUUUGGAUUUCCCUCCAUGCAGCCAGCUAUAGUUGGCUUUCCAAAACAACAGAAAUCCUUCACCAAGAAUGCGCUACUUACCUGCUUAUGGCCUAUGCAGACGAACUGAUCUGUCCUUUGUGAAGCACAACAAAGUUAGUUCUGUCUUUUCAGAAGUCCUACAACCUUGGCAAAGAGUAGUUUUAUCAGGUAAAUCCUGGUAAUUAAAAACCCAUGUUAAAAAUUAGCCCCCCGGGCGCGGUGGCUCAAGCCUGUAAUCCCAGCACUUUGGGAGGCCGAGGCGGGCGGAUCACGAGGUCAGGAGGUCGAGACCAUCCUGGCUAACACGGUGAAACCCCGUCUCUACUAAAAAA